AGAGAGCUGUCCGUGUGUAUAUAAAAGGAAGAACUCGUCCGAUGAAGAGAGCAGUAGCUAACCGCAUCCUACACUACAACACACACACUGACCAUCAGUGCAAAUCUUGAUUCCUCUCUUUCGUCAAUUACAAAUUUCAAGGCUCAAAAAAAUGAAAGUGUUCAUUCUCGGAGUUUUCUGUGGUCUGUUGGUCGCCUGCUCCGCAGCUCCCGCCAAAUUGGACGAAGUGAAGCCCAUCGCCAUCGUCCGAUCCGCUAGCGAGAACAACGCCGAUGGCAGUUACUCUUACAGUUUCGAGAGCGAAGAUGGCACCAAAAUGGAAGAAAGUGGCAACCAGAAACAAGUCGGACCUAAACCCGAAGACAUUGGAACCGUCUCCAAGGGAUCUUACUCUUUCGCUACUCCCGAUGGCGUCGUCCUCACCGUCAACUGGGUCGCUGAUGAGAAUGGAUUCCAGGCCACCGGUGAUCAUUUGCCCACUCCUCCCCCCAUGCCCGAGCAUGUCGUGAAGAUGUUGGCCGACUUGAAGGCGGCUGGUCUUUUGUAAAAACAAAACAAAAUGGCUACCCUCAACUUGACCUGGAUAUAACCCGAACGAAAGAACGGCACUUGAACGACCGAUUGCGACGGUACAACGACAGUAACCAAACGAUGUAAAUAUCAACCGAUCUGGUGGCACACGCACAUCAGCACGAGCAUCUAUAGAUUUGCUUUUCCUUUCCUUUAUGGUUUUAUACUUUCCCUCUCUUUCGGCGUCGUGGAAACGGAUCGGUCCUUUUGAACAUUUUUACAUUUUUUUGUUGUAGGGCAUUUCUCUUUUUUUUAAGCUUUUGUUUAACGGUACAACAUCCUGAAUAGUGGACAACCUCAUCCGAUCGCCCAAACAAACGUAAAGGAAAUAUGCUAGCCAUUUAUUUGUAUACUCUUGUCCAUCCUUUUUCUUCCAGAAUUCUUUCUCUAUUUUGUGAAAGAAAAAAAAAAAAAAAUACAAAUGACAGUUUUCUCUAAGAA